AACAACCAUCGUCCUCAAUCGCCCAAUUCCCUUCUCUGCAAAUUAAGCUUCACUACUCUUUUAUUUCAUUCCUACUGCGAUAACGAUGGCGCCAAAGGCAACGGCAGACAAGAAGGUCGCCGAGAAGAAACCGGCGGAGGAGAAGAAGACCGUCCCCGCCGACAAGGCACCCGCAGCAGAAAAGAAGCCAUCCAAGGCCGGGAAGAAGGUCCCCAAGGAAGGCGGCGCCGCCGGCGACAAGAAGAAGAAGAGGCCAAAGAAGAGCGUCGAGACCUACAAGAUCUACAUCUUUAAGGUCCUGAAGCAAGUUCAUCCGGACAUCGGGAUCUCCAGCAAGGCCAUGGGGAUCAUGAACAGCUUCAUCAACGACAUCUUCGAGAAGCUGGCUCAGGAGUCGUCCAGGCUUGCCCGGUAUAAUAAGAAGCCGACCAUCACCUCCAGGGAGAUUCAGACGGCGGUGAGGCUUGUACUGCCCGGAGAAUUGGCCAAGCACGCUGUCUCAGAGGGGACGAAGGCGGUGACUAAGUUUACAAGCAGUUGAAGAACAGUUUAGAUUGAUGGAUCUAGGCGAUGUAUUUUUAAAAUUAGGGUUUGCUAGCAUGAAGUGUGCUUCUUUUGGAAGCAGUUGGAUGUCAAUGUUUUCUGUUUGCUCAAGUGAUGAAAUUAAAUAUAAUUCUCUGUUCAUUCAAACAUUCAGCAUUUCAUGAUCAGCGUAGUUUGCUCUUCCCAUUUGCCUAAAAUCAGCAGCCUGGGG